CUUAUGAAACUCACUUGAGGAAUUGCUGUUAUCAUACAAUUUAUUUAGUUGAACUCGAUUGCUCCAGUAACGGACACGCGCAAGACAAGAUUACUCUGCACAAAAAUUACCUUAUAUGUGUUUUUUUUUUAUUAUUAUUUUUGUUUUGUCGUUUUGAUUUCUUUUCGUUUUUGGAUUUUGCUGAGUCAUAUAUGCAAAUAUAAACAAACAUACGCACCUACAUACGUUUCUAUUAGUAAGUACUUAGUAGUUGAAUUUGAAAAUGUUAUCAGUUCGUAGCGUACGCAAUGCCAGUAUAGCUUGGAAAUGGAUCAGUGUCCGAGAACAACAACAAAAGCUAACACGAACGCAAUUUGCAUUUCAAUCGACAGCAGUCAAUGCCAAGCCUCAAAAUUACGAUAGUAAAUCAUUUGUAAAAUUCUUGGAUGAGGAAUGGCAAAAAGCGCUACCGUAUAAAGCCAUACCCGGCCUCAGCAGAUACGAAAUGGUGCGCGGCUUCAUGAAGGGCGGCAAAUUGGCAAAUUUAUCUUUGAAUGAAUUAUUUUUGAAGUGUCGCGAACGUUUCGGUGACAUUUAUCGCAUUCCUGGCAUUUUUGGGCAACCAGUUUCACUCGUACUCUUUAAUUUUGAGGAUUUUGAGAAAGUGUUUCGCACUGAGGGCUCUUGGCCAGCGCGACCAAGCGGUGAAAUGGUAAUACAUUAUCGACGAACGCGAAAGGAUGGAUUUUUCAACGAAACGAUUGGCUUGGCAGCGCAUGGCGAGGAUUGGGGUAAAUUUCGACAUGCUGUAAAUCCUGUAUUAAUGCAUCCGAAAAAUGCUAAACUCUACUUGGAACCAAUGCAAAAGUUGAAUCUGGAAUUCAUACAAAGAAUUCGAGACAUACGGGAUCCGCUAACACUUGAAGUACCCGACAACUUCUUGAACGACAUCAAUCGUUUCACCUUCGAAUCAGUGGCAGUGGUUGCAUUGGAUCACGAGUUCGGUUUGAUUCGCAAAAAUCCCGACUCGAUGGAAGCCAGACAACUCUUCGACAAUUUAACUGCUUUCAUUAAAUGCCUUUAUGAUUUAGGUAUAAAGCCAUCACUGUACAAAUACAUAAGAACGCCCACUUACCGGCGCUUUGAAAAAAUAAGUGAUACAAUAUUUGAUCUGACAAAUCGGUAUGCCAAUGAGGCCAUAGCACGCAUGGAACAGAACCCUUGCAAGGAAGGCGAGGAACGCAGUGUGCUGGAGAAACUUAUAAAAAUCGAUCGCAAAAUUGCCAUUAUUAUGGCAAUGGAUAUGUUAAUGGCUGGUGUGGAUACGACAUCCUCUGCGCUGUCAGCCGUGUUGCUGUGCAUUGCUAAAAAUCCAGAAAAACAGCAAAAAUUACGCGAAGAACUGUUGCAGGUGCUGCCACACAGAGAUGAUCACUUCACCAUUGAAAAUAUGAAACAUUUGCCAUAUCUGCGCGCUUGCAUCAAGGAAUCGUUGCGCACCUAUCCGAUUUCGUUUGGAAAUAUGCGUGAAACUGGCGCUGACUUGGCGCUAAGCGGUUAUCGGGUACCAAAAGGUACGCGCGUGUUUAUAAACUCCAAUCUUUUGCUAAAUGAAGAAAAAUUUUUCCCCCGCUCACGGGAGUUUCUACCCGAGCGUUGGCUACGACAGCAGGAUGAUAUGAUAGGUGGAGACGAAAAACUAAUUGCUGAUAAUUUGAGCAAAUUUAUCUUUUUACCAUUCGGUUAUGGACCGCGCAGCUGUGUGGGCAAGCGUAUUGUUGAAUUGGAGUUAGAAAUGUCGCUGGGCAAUGUGGUUCGUCACUUCGAAAGCGAGUUUAAUUAUCAUUCGGAAAAGCCUUUUGCGAACCAUUUGCUAAAUGCACCACAAAUUCCGUUAAAAUUUAAAUUCACUGAUGUAAACUAUUAAGUAUUAGCGUGAUACCCGACCAGGAGCAAAGGUAUUGGCACAGAGAAUUUUUCGCAAUAUAUGGAAAUUUUUUCGGUUCUUAUUCUUAUUUCUUU